AUUUCUCAAAUGGUUCAUCGUGAAGAAGGGACUGCCAAAGCCUAUGAUUUCAUCCGACCUCAAGGUGCCCGGCAACAAUGGGUCAAGGUGGCCUAGAAACCUUACCUACUGAUGUCGUUUUUAGGGUGAGGAGCUCAAUGGAGAAUAAUUGCAGCGCAUCUUUGGCCAGCUCAGCCACCAAAUCACAGCCAAUCCAAACAUCUCUUUAACCAUACAAUUCCCAGAAACGGAUAAGCCCGGCAACAACAGCGAGCAACCAUGGUCGCCGCCUCCACCGCCGUCCUCCUGUCUCCACCGCCCUCCGUCGCACUCAAACCCCUCCUCCCCACCCUAAACCACACCUCCUUCCCUUCUAAGCCCACUCCUUCCUCUCGCCCCCCAACCACCACAAAGCUCUUCGCCUCCUCCUCCUCCUCCUCCUCGUCGCGGACUGUCUCCCCCAAAUCCCCCACCACCUCAUCAUCCGGCGGCGAGGCCAGGGAGAAGGAAAAAGUAUUCUUCGACGGAGGUGCCCACUACGGGGACCUCGUCGCCAACCUCCUCCUAGGGUUCACCCUCUUCUGGCUCCCCCUCACCCUGGCCGCCGUCUCCCGCGCCUUCUUCCUCCGCUACCGCUUCACCGACCGCCGAGUCACCGUCAUCUCCGGUUUCACCGGACAGGACCGCAGCGACUUCCCCUACUCGUCCAUCCAGGACGUCCAGAUCGUGCCCAGAUUCAUCGGCGAGUGGGGGGAUCUGGUGAUCACCCUCAAGGACGGCACCAAGGUGGAUCUCCGGAGCGUGCCCAAAUUCCGGGAGAUCUCCAAGUACUGCCUCUCCAUGGCCGAUGGCUCAACGACGUCGGAGGCGAAGGGCGGCGCGCCGCCGAGAGGAUUUUGAGCAAAAGGGCACAGCCCUAGGCGUCGAUUAGGGUUUCGCUCCUCUCGAAGUCGAGAUCAGAGGUGACUUCUUGGUGUGUCCACAACCGAGUUCUUUUGGUUGGUUGGAUGUGAAUCAGAUAAGCUCCUCUCAGGUCAGCUUCUGUCGAGCGGCAGUUGUCGUGCCGGGCAAUGCAAGUUCUCCGGUGCACUAUUGAAAAAGGGGUUAGAAAGGAGGCCAAUACGGACUUUGGCGAGACCCCUUCUACACUCAAGGAGAGUUUACGGGAGAAAAUAAUAAAAAAGUGAAAAUAGUAAUAGUACGUAAUGUCCAAUGUACCUCUCGAUUAUGUCACGAUUACCUUAUAUAGGGAGUGAAGGGUGAUCAUAAUUCUCAAUGGACAUAUGUAUCUAUUUUCUCUACAUCAAAGGAUGCACCCUUAACUUUUGUGGAAGUGAGCUAGUCAUCUUAGGUUUAGUUGACUUAAAUUAGAUACAUGGUGUCAACUAAAAAAAAGAAAUGUCCUUCUGUAAUAGGCUCCAUCGUAACUAUCAUGUUGCAUUCAAGCUCGGGAGUGAUUUGAUUGGUCAGACUCGAGAUCAGUUGUGUGUCAGAUUGACUUGAGUUGAACUCGACCGUGGGUCGAGUUCACUUAGCUUGAACUCUGAAGAGUAAGUUUGGUUUGACUUGAGCUCGUUGUGAGUUAGGUUGAGCUGACAUGAUUCAAGCUCUGACUUGAGUCGAUCGACGAGCUUCGUGUUGAUCAAGUCUUGGAUCUGUCACAUGGCUCUUGGCAUUCCCGCCACAUCAUAUUUGAUCCUUCAUCUUGAUCUCCACUGUAUGAAUCAACUAGAUAUGUAAAGAAGGAUGUAAAAUACUUUGCUGGAUGCUUGACUUCUCCCAUGGAAAGGGUCAUUGUACUACGACCAAUGUCUCUUAUAAUUUAUCCUCUUCCAGAGAGUGUGGGAUUGCUCUGAAGGGAUCACUAAGGUGAUGGUUUCAAGUUCACCUUUGCUCCAACUAGAUACACAAAGAAACAGCUCUUUUCCAGCCAAUAUAGUUCGAAUUGCAGCUCAUUUUGUAAGAUCCAUCCUAGUUUGUUUGGCCAUUGAUAAACUUGUUUGUGGUAUGGAACAUUUAUGUUGGAAUCAUUUUAUAUAAAUUAUUUAGGAUCAACCAAGUAAUAUGUGAAAAGCAUAUGUAAAAUUUUUGCCAAUGAGAAUUUCCAUUUACUAAGGGUUUUGUUCUACUUGAGAUGUAUCUAUUUCUUAGAAAAUAUUUUUAGCAUUUAGUGGGAUACGAGGAAUCUAAGGAGAGUUUUAGUACAAUGGUAAAAUUAUUAUCGUGUGAUCAUAAGUUUGAGUAAUAAAAAUAACUCUUGCAUUGUAGAAUAAAACUACGUAUAAUAGAUUCAAUUUGAUCUGAACUUUCUCCAAGACCUAUAUUGAUGAGAGCUUGAUCCGGACUUUCUCCAAGACCUAUAUUGAUGAGAGCUUGAUCCGGACUUUCUCCAAGACCUAUAUUGAUGAGAGCUUAAUGCAUUAGACUGUCCUUAAAUGGGAUAUGAGGAAUCUAAGAUGCUUAUUGGUGUUUUUAGGGGUUUUAUGAUCCCUAUCUUAGUUAGGGGUGUAUGUGAGUCGAGACAACUUUGCUUGUGUUUAUAAUUGUUUAUGUUGUUGCUCGCUCGGGCUAACACAUAUGAUUUAUGUAGGGAUGUUGUCACAAAUAAGUCCAGGGUCGAUUUUUAACUAAUGCAGAAUGCCUUGUUGGUUGCAUCACUCCUUCAUGUAUUCGCUACUGUUGUUGAACGAAUCCUCAUGAUUUAUCCUC